AUGGGCCGCGGCAGGGGCGUCAGCUACGGGGGCGGGCAGAGCUCGCUGAGCUACCUCUUCGGCGGCGGCGGUGGCGACGAGCCCGCCGCGGCUGUGGAGCAGAGGGCACAGCAGCCUGCGCCUGCGGCGGCGGCUGCCGCAGACGGCGAGAAGCAGAAGGGGAUCCCGGCCGGCGUCCGCGGCAGCCAGACCAACAACUACUUCCGAGCGCAGGGGCAGAACUGCGGCAACUUCCUCACGGACCGCCCGUCGACCAAGGUGCACGCGGCGCCCGGCGGCGGCUCGUCGCUCGGCUACCUCUUCGGCGGCGGGCCCCCCGGCAGCAAGUGA